AUGGGUGGCCUGGCCGGAGGGAUUGAGAUCUGCAUCACAUUCCCCACUGAGUAUGUGAAGACACAGCUGCAGCUGGACGAGAAGGCAAACCCUCCCCGCUACAAGGGCAUUGGGGACUGCGUGAAGCAGACCGUCCGUGACCAUGGCAUCCGGGGGCUGUACCGGGGGCUCAGCUCGCUGGUGUAUGGCUCCAUCCCCAAGGCUGCUGUCAGGUUCGGGAUGUUCGAGUUCCUCAGCAACCAGAUGAGAGAUGAGCAAGGGCGGCUGGACAGCACGCGGGGCCUCAUCUGUGGGCUGGGCGCCGGCGUGGCCGAGGCUGUGGUGGUGGUCUGCCCCAUGGAGACCAUAAAGGUGAAGUUUAUCCAUGACCAGUGCUCCCCCAAGCCCAAAUACCGUGGCUUCUUCCAUGGCGUCCGGGAGAUUGUUCGGGAACAGGGACUAAAGGGGACCUACCAGGGCUUAACUGCGACCGUCCUCAAACAAGGAUCGAACCAGGCCAUCCGCUUCUUUGUCAUGACCUCUCUCAAGAACUGGUACAAAGGGGACAAUCCCAACAAGGUCAUCAACCCCUUCAUCACGGGAGUGUUUGGAGCCCUUGCCGGAGCUGCAAGUGUCUUUGGCAACACCCCCUUGGAUGUGGUGAAGACCAGGAUGCAGGGGCUGGAAGCACACAAGUACAAGAGUACCUGGGACUGCGCCUACCAGAUCAUGAAAUACGAAGGGCCCCUGGCGUUUUACAAGGGCACAGUGCCUCGCCUGGGCCGCGUUUGCCUCGACGUCGCCAUCGUCUUCGUCAUCUACGAUGAGGUGGUCAAGUUCCUCAACAAGGUGUGGAAAACGGACUGA